CCUCUACUCCCAUAACAACACAACACCUCUUUCACCUCUUACCUUGCAUCACUUACUACCGUUUCCUCCCAUCAAGACUUCCACGAGCUCCUGCGCGAUCUCUCUCCUCUUCCUCUCCAACGCCUCACAUCACCUAACAAAAUGACCUCCCUGGGUCCCACCCUGAAGGAGAGCGCGAAGAAGCUCGAGUCGUCCUUCAACUGGAGCAAGACCAAUCUUCCCAAGCAGCUCUUUAUCAACAACGAGUAUGUCGAGUCCAAGAACCCCAAGAAACUGGCGCUCUCCAACCCGGCAGACGGCUCCCUCGUGGCCGACGACGUGGCGCUCGCCGGCGAGGCCGAAGUAGAUGCCGCCGUCGCCGCGGCCGAGGCGGCCUUCCCCGCCUGGCGGAAGACCCCGGCCACGGUGCGCCGCGACCUGAUGUACAAGCUGGCCGACCUGAUCCAGCAAAACGGGCUGGCGCUCGCCGAGCUGACGCGCCUCACGCUGGGCGCGCCGUUCGGGUCGUUCGGGUCGUUCGAGAUCAACCUCGCGUGCGAGGCCUUUCGCUACUACGCCGGCUGGACCGACAAGUUCCCGGGCGAGGCGAUGCCGCAGGACGACGGCUUCAUGAAGAUCGUGCGCAACGAGCCCCUCGGCGUGACCUGCGGCAUCGUGCCGUGGAACGGGCCCCUGGGCAACGUCGGCAUGAAGGCGGGCCCCGCGCUGGCCACGGGCAACUGCUUCAUCCUCAAGCCGUCGGAGAAGACGCCCUUCGCGGCCCUCGCCCUGGGCACGCUCAUCAAGGAGGCCGGCUUCCCGCCCGGCGUGUUCCAGGUGCUCUCGGGCGACGGCAGCACGGGCGCCCUGCUGGCGAACCACAUGCGCGUGCGCAAGGUCAGCUUCACCGGGUCCACCAUGACGGGCCGCAAGAUCCAGGAGAUGGCGGCCAAGAGCAACCUCAAGCGCGUGACGCUCGAGCUGGGCGGCAAGAGCCCCGCCGUCGUGUUCGACGACGCCAACCUCGACAACGCCGUCACCUGGUGCGCCAACGCCAUCACCGCCAACACGGGCCAGGUGUGCUUCGCCGCCAGCCGCGUCUACGUGCAGGCCGGCAUCUACGACAAGUUCGUCGCCGCCUACAAGAAGGCCAUGGCCGACAAGGCCGCCGGCAUCGGCCACCCGGACGCCGAGGGCACGUCCAUCGGCCCGCUGGUCGACCAGUCCCAGUUCGACCGCGUGCGCGGCUUCAUCGAGCGCGGCCAGCAGGGCCAGGGCACGCUGCUGGUGGGCGGCGGCCGCGUCGGCGACAAGGGCUACUUCGUCGAGCCGACCGUGUUCGAGAACGUGGCGCAGGACGCCGAGAUUUGCCAGCAGGAGAUCUUCGGCCCCGUGGCGGUGCUGAACAAGUUCGAGACCGAGGAGGAGAUCAUCGAGAAGGCCAACGAUACCAACUUUGGUCUCAUGGCCGGCGUCUUCACCCAGGACAUCAACAAGGCCAUGCGCUUCGCCUCGGAAAUUGACAGCGGCAUGGUCGGCAUCAACUGUGUCAGCUUGUGUUUCCUGACUGCUCCCUUUGGUGGCAGCAAGGAGAGCGGCACCGGCCGCGAGAACGCCAUCCACGCGCUGCGCAUGUUCACCGAGCCCAAGACCGUCAUGAUCAACCUUACCUAUUGAGGCGUUGACGGUGUGGAUUAGGGAGAUGUCAUAGUAUAAAUAGUAAAAUCAAAUCAAACCAAUU